GACAUUGAGUUAAGACAGCACCUUAUUUUGGCACCGAAUUUCGUAAACACCAAACCAUAUAAACAUGUCAAUAUAAUCCAUAAUGUUAAUCAAUCAUAACCAUCCCUGAAUAUCGAUCAUCAUCAACCAUGUCUGUCUCCAACGCUGCAAUGUGGCUCCUUGGAUCCGAAGGCGACUUCGCCGUAAAGGAAGCUCCGUAUAGUCCACGCGGUCCGAACGACGUUGUCGUGAGGAAUGUCGCUGUUACUAUCAACCCGAUGGACUGGCAAAUACAGGAUGUCGGUCGAAACUUCCGUUUAAAAAGAAAUACCCUUUUGUAUAUGGCAGGUGAAAUAUUCGAGGUAGGCGAGGGCGUCACGACCUACAAGAAAGGUGAUCGUGUCAUGGCCAAAGCACACUGGAUCAGCAUACCUGAUCCCAAAUACGGUGCCUUCCAGAACUACGCCAUCUGCGAUGCUAUGACCAUCGCCCUUUUACCCGACCAUAUCUCCUUGCGGAGGGUAGUGUCCUUCCUCUAGCGUUAUGUGCUGCUUCGAUGGGAUUGUAUCCACCUGGUCGACUGCAGUUACCCCUUCCCUCGGUGACAAUCACAGAAUCAGUCGGUAAAACCAUUAUCGUCUGGGGCGGAUC